GGUUAGCGGACGGACAUUUCUGGGAAAUUGUACCGGACAUUUGUUAGAAAGUGGUGUAAUUAUCAGCUGACAGGUGCGGCUCCACCUUGUCGAGUAAAAAUGGCACUAAUCAGAAUUUGGGGGUCCUUCGUUGGAAAAGUCCAGAUGUGGAGUAGACACCGAAAGAUGGAAUCGUGCCCAAACAAGGCUGACAGACAGGAGCAGGUUGGGCCGCACUCAUCGGAGUUUGGCACCUUACCUGACUCACAGCAUUCCAGCAUCGAGGCGAGAGAGCACCUUCAGGUGUACCUCCGAGUCCGCCCCUUCACUGCUGCAGAGACCAGCAGUGGAGAGUCUCAGGACUGUGUUACCAUCGAGCUCCCCGACACUGUUCUGCUGAAGCCUCCCAGUGUGACCCUCUCAGCUAGACUCAGCACUGACACCUUUCCACAGACUGGACAGCGCUUCCAGUUCUCUCGGGUGUAUGGCCCUGAGACCGCACAGAGAGAGCUGUUUGCAGGCACGGUGAAGGAUUUGGUAAAAGAUGUUCUUGAAGGCGGAAACUCUCUGGUUUUCACUUACGGAGUCACAAAUGCUGGAAAGACCUUCACAUUCCUCGGUCCAGAUUCUGACGCCGGUGUCCUGCCCAGGUCCCUCGACGUAAUCUUCAGCAGUAUCGAUGGAAAGGUUUUCCCUGGGACGAGCAUCAAACCUCAUCACUGCCGAGAGUUCACGAGCCUCACCACAGAGCAGCAGGUGGAGGAAGCGUUGUUCAAGAGAAACCUCCUCAGACAGCUCAAAGAGAGUAAGAAGAGCAACAUCAGCCUGUUGAACUCGACCAACAGGACUUUCCUUGAAGACUCCUCCAUGCUGUGGACCAAUGCAGAGGAUAAAAUCUCCCUGGAGGUGGAAGCUCACACUAAGUUCUCUGUUUGGGUUUCUUUCUGUGAAAUUUACAACGAGAACAUUCACGACCUCCUGGAAGUGGCGCCCGGCGGGGCCCCGAGGAGGACGGCACUGCGCCUCUCACAGGACAUCGAGGGCAGCGCAUUUGUAAAAGAUCUGCGCUGGAUUCAGGUCAACAGUGCAGAAGAGGCGUACGCGGUCAUGAAACUGGGAAAGAAGAACCAGAGCUUCUCCUCCACGCGACUCAAUCAGCUGUCCAGCAGGAGCCACAGCAUUUUCUCCAUUCGAAUUCUGAGGAUUGAGGACAUCGGGACUCCUCGGGUCCAAACUGUCAGCGAGUUGUGUCUGUGUGACCUGGCCGGCUCCGAGCGUUGUGCCAAGACUCAGAACAAAGGAGAACGUCUGAAAGAAGCGGGGAACAUCAACACGUCACUGCUCAUUUUGGGGAAAUGCAUCAAUGCUUUGAGACACAAUCAGCAGGCCAAGUUGCUGCAACAUGUUCCCUUCAGAGAAAGCAAGCUGACUCACUACCUGCAGAGAUUUUUCUGUGGUAGGGGUAAAGCCUGCAUAAUCGUCAAUAUCAACCAGUGCGCCUCCAUGUAUGACGAGACUCUCAACGUCCUCAAGUUCUCUGCUGUGGCUCAGAAGGUUGUAGUGCUGUCUUCCAAACCUCUUCCCUUCGUGCCACAGAGGUCUGCAGGUGAGGGGUCCUUCAUCAGCAAUCGGAGUAAGGCUCUUCAGAGCAGCAGGAUGAGCUCCCUGAUGAGCUUUGAAAGCAGUCUGGAGGACGUGCAGGAAGACGAGGAUGAUGAGUGUGAGGAAGAGCAGAGUUUGAUGACUGACACCAUGGAUCAGACUGAAGCUGAAGAAGUCGAUGAUGAAAAUGAAGAUAAAAUUCUCGUGUGUGAAAAGGCGCACCAGACAGUGGCGCUGUUAAAACAGCUGCAGGUGGAGCUGAAGAAAGCUAGAGCCGACAAUCUGCUGAUGGAGUCACAAGUCCGAGAGGAAAUCAGCAGAGAGUUCUCAGAGCUUUUCUAGAUGCAGGAUGACUACAACGAGCGCCUGGCGAGGGAGCGAGAAAUCUUGGAGGAGCGAGCUGAAAGGAGACUUGAGAUUUUCAAGAAUCUUACCAACAAAUUGGCCGCUGCUGGAUCCAGUCAAAAUGCCAGAAGCCAUGGAGCUGCACCUUUUGAGCCGAGCCACUUUCCACACUCAGAUAUCUCCAUUUUAGGCCCUGAAAAUGACCAAUGUCUUGACUCCUGCUCCUCUGAACUGGCAGGAACAAAGAAAUUCCCGCAGGCUGCUUGUAUAAGUGUAGAUCCAGGCCGUUCAGGGCCUCGGGCAGAAGAAGAUGCUGAGCUGGAACUGAAUGAGCAGCAGCAGAAAGCCCAGGAGCUGCUGGCUCACAAGUUCAAUGCCAGAGAAGAUGAGGAGAAAAGGACACUUCUCUGUGAGCUCCAAGAGAAGUCGACAGGUUCCCGCCUAGAGAGCCAAGUGGCGGACCUGCAGAGGACGGCAGAGCAGGUUGAAGAGAAGAGCUCACGUGAGAAAGAGCAGCUGCAGGAGGCUUUGACAGCUCUCGAGAAGGAGCUUAGAGCCAGAGAUGAUGCCCUCUCUGCUCUGGAGUGGUCAGACUUUGGAAAACAGGAGACAUUAGCAUCUGUGGAGGAAGAGAGGAACAAAGAUGAGGCCAUCGCAGCGCUGGUCGAAUUAAAGCGAAGUGAAGAGAAGAUGCUGGAAUCCCUUGCAGAAGAGAGGAAAGACAAAGAGAAAGCAAUGGCAGCCGUGGAAGCUGAGAGGAGCAAGGAGGAGGCUGUCGCAGCACUUGCAAAAGAGAAGCAAGGCUGGGAGGAAGCACUGGCUGCUCUCAGGGAGGAGAAGAGUUGCAGAGAGGAGGCGGAGAGGAAAGGGAUGAGCAGGCUGGCCGAGGAGAGAGCAAAGAGGCAGGAUGAGGGAGACGCACUCCGACAAGAAUUAAGAGAGCUGACCGUGAAACUGGAAGCUGCAGAACAGCAGGUAGGUGACCAGCAGCACAGGGCGAGCGAACAAGCCUUUAUCCAGCUGCAAGCUGCUCAGGCACCUGAGGAACAAGCCAAGGUGAUCCAGGAGAAAUGCUCCCAGACCCAGACUCUGACACAGGAAGUCGAAAGACUGAAGCAGGAACUGCACGCGUCCGCGGUGUCAUGUGGUCGUGAUAAUGAGAACCUGCAAGAGCGAGUGUCUGAGCUUGAGAAGAGUCUGGCUGAGGAAGACGGGAAAAAUGAGAGCGAGCACAGAGAAGUGCUGGAUCUGAAGCACGAGCUGGCUGGUAAACAGCAGCUGGCACACAAACAGCUGGUCUUGGACCAGCAGAUGGAGCAGUUGAUUCAGAGGAGGCAGCUUCAAAACAGGAAGUUGGGAACUGAAAAAGAAACUUAGGCCCAAGAAGAGAUGUCGCAGCCACCACUGGAUGAACUCCGAUCUCAGCUCGAGCACCAAAAACAGGCUUCCAGAGAGGAAGUGGAAGAUCUGAGAGGAAAACUCAAGCAGCAAACGGAGGCCUCAGAAAGGCAGGCAGAGCAGCAACAGAGGCUGCGAGACCAAGAAGCAUCAUCACUGCAGCAGCUGGAAGAGUUAAAACACAGACUGAGUGAACAAAAGCCUUCCAGCAAACUCAUAGAUGAUCAACAGAAGCUCAGCGAGCAGGAGCGAGCUGCAGAGAAGCUUAGGACUGAAGUAGAGGAAGCCCGGUUUCACUCAGAGGCUGAAGAUCUCAAGAGGCUGAACUCUGAUCUCCAGACUGAGGUUGCAUCACUGAGGGACAAGGUUUCCAAUAUGGAGAAAACUAAGGAGUCUUCCUGCAAAGCUGAAGCUCAGCUAGCCUCCUCACAGGCCGAGGGGGCGCUGGAAGAAAAGGACAGUCAGAUGGAGGAGAAGCUAGCAGAGCUGCAGAAAGAGCUGCUGGAAAAGGAAGCACAGGUGACAUCUCUGAAGAAGAGUUUGCAGGAGGCUCAGGAACGGCAUGAGGAGGAAGAGUGCCAAGCUGUUCAGGAGGCCCGACACAGGGAGGUGGAAAGGCGCCGAGAGCUGCUGGCGGUGGCGCACGAGGCCAUCGAUCAGAAGGACGCCGAGCUAAAGAAGAGAGAGGAGGAGAUCAGCAGACUAAAGGAAAAUGCCAAGCAGGACUCGGAAAAGUUGAAGAGCCUCAACGUCGACCUUCAGCGGAAGGAGGACGACUCCUCAGACCUCAGAGAGAAGCUGGCUGAUUACAAGAAGCAGAUCCAGCAGGUCCAGAAGGAGGUACGCCCAUUAUUAAAUAGAGAAGAGGAAAAAGCUCUGAGGCAGAAACUCUCCGACGUGGAGAAGGCCAAGAAGCAGCUUCAGGCUGACGUGUCCAGCAGAGACAGAAGCAUCCAGCAGCUCAGAGCGGACCAAUCGUCUAAUGCGAAGUCUGAUCAGACAGUCCAGCUGUACCAGCAGGCCUGUAAAGAGCUUGAAGCCAAGGAGCGCGUGAUGGAGGGCAUGCUGGCACUGACAGAGCAGGAGGACACGCAGGAGCAGAUGGAGCAGGUCCUGGAGGACAAGCUGAACCUCAUCCAGGAGCUCUCCAGCGAGGUGGAGAAACUGAAACAGUUGCUGCUGAAGCGGGACAGUGGAAGCACGUAUCACCAGGUCAGCAACAGCCAAUCAGAUGACCUCAAACUGGCCAAAGAGGAAGCAGCUGAAGCUCAGAAAAGCUUGCAGAGUUCCUCGGAGAAGCACCAGGCUGAACGCAGGAAGUGGCUGGAGGAGAAGCUCUCUCUGAUUGGCCAGGCUAAAGAGGCAGAGGACAAGAGGAACCAAGAAAUGAGGAAGUUUGCAGAAGACAGAGAGCGCUGCACUCGGCUGCAGAGCCAGCUGGAGUCUCAGCUGGCUGAAAAGGAGCAAACCAUGGAAACGUGGAGGAGGGAGAGAGACGCUCUGGUCGCAGCUCUGGAGAUCCAGCUAAAGAAGCUUCUUUCCAGCCAAGCAGAGAAAGAUAAACUCAUCCAGCAGCUGCAGCAAAAUAACCCACAGCUGCCACAAGAGAGUGGUGGUGGUCCCAGCGUGGUGGAGCUGCAGGCUGCUCUGUGUGAGAGGGAGGCAGAGAUCCUGAGGCUCAAAGAGCAGCUCGAGGCCUCAGCAGCCCAACCGCACCCAGUGACACAGGCGAACAGGUCAGAGGAUAAUGGGAGGAAAGAGCUUCAGGCUGAUAGCAAACAGAGCUCUGCGGCUCCGGUGGAGAAACCCAGGAGUGAAGCCAUUGUCAGGAAGUCUGGAAGGAAGGAUACCAGAGCGUCCGUCAGCAGCCAGGGUUCGACUGGCUGUCCGUCAGUGCUGGAGUCCUCUGAGAUCUCCACGGAGGAAGGCAGAACGAGCCGCUUCCCUCGGCCGGAGCUGGAGAUCUCCUUCAGCCCGCUGCAGCCAAACCGCAUGGCCCUGCGCCGGCAGGGAGAGAAGAGCGCCGUCACCGUGAAAAUCACCCGCUCAGCACGCAAGAGGAAGAGUGGCGAGAUGGAGAAGGAAGAAGUGGAGGCAGAGAACAGGCGGAACACGAGAACCAAACUGACGCCAAAGCUGACCCCACACCAAGAAGAGAGCUCUUCCCCAGCGGGUCAUCAGGACUCCCAGAUCAGCAUCCGCAGCAAAAAGGAAGGAACGCUGCAGAAGAUUGGAGACUUCCUGCAGAGCUCCCCCACGCUGCUCGGCACCAAAGCCAAGAAGAUGAUGAGCCUGGUGAGCGGACGGGCUGAGGCAGACUCAGCUGCCUCCUCUUCCUCCCUCAGUCUGAGAGUGAAGAAAAAAAAAAAACUCUACAGGCCUGAAAUCUCCUCCCCCAUCGACAUGCCUUCUCACCCAAUCAUCAGCAGAGAGCCGGAGGAAGAGAGCGACCAUCAGAUCAUUAAGAGGCGCCUUCGAUCCAGGAUGGCCAAAUAAUUCAUUUACAUUUAUUACUGUAAACACUUCUCUCCUUAAAUAACAAAUGAAAGCACCAUUAGCUGCUUCCAGUGUAACACUUUCUAUGUCUUAAAGUCCUUAAAUCUAAGUAAUCUUAUUUAAUCUGAAAUAUUUAACUAUUAAAAGAUUUAGAGAAAAGGCAUGUGACAUUUAAAGGAAUAAUUUGCUGUAAUCUUUUUUUCUAUUGAGAGUUGAGGGUGAUGAGUGCAGGGCUCUGCGAUCAAACGGUGACAGCUGGGACAGGCUUCACCCCCACCGUGAUCAUUCCCGGGAUAACAGGUCAGAAAAUAGAUGGAUAUGAAGUACAGAGCCGGCCUCAGGAUACUGUUAGCCUGCGUUAGCUCUGGGAAACAGUGAAACGGCUCACCUGACAGCGUGUCGUGUUUUUUUUUUGUUUAAUUCAUUUCCAGUCUUAUGGCUAAGCUAACAGCCUGCUGCUGCUACUGAACUCAGACGUGAUGGUGGUUUCAGUGUUUUCCAUUUACUCUGAAGACUAAUUUCCCAAACGAUUAAAUUAUUCCAGCGUUGCCUCAGUUUUUUUUGACACAUCCAGAAGAUGAGCUCCCCGCUCGUCCUUCAUGGACUGCAGCUGUAGUCCUGAUCUGCAGCCGUGGUGAGGGUGCAUGAACCCUCAGCUCUUCACUAACGGCAGGUUCAGCUUCGUGGCCCUAAGACCACAGAGUCUGAGACAUUCUCACACAUUAAAACACUAAAGUGAAUCAUCAAAUAUAACUGUGUGUAAAACAAAAACAACUGACAUUCAAACUUAUUUCUCCUGUUAAUGCCCUGAUGUUCACAUUUACCAUCAAAUGAAUACAUUGUAACUAGUGAACCCUCUACCUCUGUAUGUUUCCUGCACACUUCAAACCCAAAUGAUACUGAGUAAUGUUUUUUUACCUUUGUGUAGUGGGCUGUGCAGGACUUCCAGUUUUUGUUUCAUUUUUACUUCUUUUGCCAGGACUGUUAAAGAUUUUAUAGAAAGUGUUUUGUUUUUUUUUUCUUAGAGUAAGUUGAGAUGUUUCAGCCAUAUCUAAAUACCCAGUAUUUUUUAUUUACUUCAUGCACACGUUUAAAUGUUUCUGCACUUUAUCACAUUCCAAGAACAAACCUGAGACGAGGAUCAAAUUGUGACUGCACACAGAGGUCAAAGUGCAGGAGAAAGUCAGUGUGGAGCUGCUGUUACUGAAACAUCUUCAUGCAGCCUUUUUUUUUUUUCCCCUUUUACUCAGCAUAACUUUACAGGACUUAUGUAUACCUUGUUCUCUUUAGAUCACUAUUAUGUUCCAAAUGAAGGACUGCUGACUUUUCUU